AUGGCUGCUAUUCACCAGGUCCCACAGGCUGGUUUACAUCACGAUCCCUACCGUCUGCCGCCGCCGCCGCCUCAGGCUGGACCUUAUCGUGCCCCGGACCUCUACGCUCAAGGUCCUGCUACCCAUACUCAAGUUGUCUACCAGGCCGCCGCUCCUCGGCAGCGAACGGCUAUCGCCUGCCGUUACUGUAGAAGACGGAAGAUCCGAUGCUCGGGUUUCGAGAGCUCUCAAGAUGGACGAUGCAGUAACUGUAUCCGGUUCAAUCAAGAGUGCAUGUUCACGCCCGUCUCCUCGCAAGCACAGGCAUUUGUUCCAGCACACGCCGCGUACCCUCACUUGAGAAACGCUCAGACCCCGGGGCGCCCCGGUGCGCCUCCCGUGAUGCUCUACGGUGCUCACGGUCAGCCUCUACCGCCUCAACAACAGCCGCAAGCAGGUCCCGAUGCUACCCUCCCGCCACCGCAAGCAAUGUAUCAACAGCCAUAUGGCGCGCCACCCCUUGCAUCAUAUUCCAUUCUCUGCCCAAUUGCUAAACUUGGUACUCAUCUUUUCACUCAUCAGAGACCCCCUGGUCGCCGCGGUUCGGGUUCUGGAUACGAAUACCCGGAUCCCACGAACCUAGCUCCCGUUACGCCCGUCACGUCCAAUCCGGGGUAUUCGGCGCAUACCGCCCCAAGCCCCUACUAUCCUCCGCAAAUCGAUCGUCGCCCUUCGCCCCAAUCCGCGUAUCCUUACGAUAGUCGCCAUUCGUCCUCCCCCCACGGUUCUCCAUACCCUCCAAUGCACCCUAGCCAAGGCGCUACUCCUUCCGCAUCUACUCCGACCAGCUCGCGUGGAGGACUCAAUGUUCGUGACAUGCUCAAUCCGGGUGACCAAGGCCGCUCCAGUACCGACAGUAGCAUGCUCAAUGCGUUGAACCGGGGACAUUAA